UCACUCCUUCUUCCCCUCGUACCACCCCACCCCUCACCACGACACUCUUGCUGCGAGCUGUCUUCAAGCCCAGCCUCAACUGAAUCCAACACACUCAUCACUUACACACUCGUCAAUCUCACCACCCUAGAAUCCAAUCAUGAACCGAAUCGCCAAGCCAGAGACGAUCCUCAAGCGAUCAGAGGAACUCGUCAAUGUGGGCCAGUCGCCUGCCGCCUUGGCCGCCUUGGGCGAGGUCAUCACCUCGCGCAAGUUCAAGACGACGCCUCUUACAUCGCUUGAGCCCAUCAUGAUGCGAUUCGUCGAGCUCUGUGUAGAAUUGCGAAGGGGCAGGACUGCCAAGGACGGUCUUCUGCAGUACAAGAACAUCUCCCAGAACACCAACCCACAGUCCAUCGAGAAUGUCAUCAAGCACUUCAUCAAGCUCUCUGAGACCAGGGUCACUGAUGCUCAGAGCAAGGCAGAGGCUGCUGCUGCUGAUCUUGACGUUGAUGAUUUGGAGGAGAGCGAGACUCCAGAGGGCAUGCUUCUGGGUGCCGUCACUAGCGAGGAGAACAAGGACAGGGCUGACAGGGCCCUGGUUACGCCUACUCUCAAGUUCUUGUGGGAGGCAUACCGAACGGCCUUGGACAUCUUGAGGAACAAUGCCAGGCUGGAGGUGCCAUACCAGCAGCUGGUCCACCAGGUCCUGAAAUUCUGUCUCCAGUACAAGAGGAAGACUGAGUUCAGACGUCUGUGCGACCUCCUUCGCACCCAUCUUCAAAACGUCUCGCGCCUCGCCCACCACACUCAUGCCAUCAACCUCAACGAUCCGGACACUCUCCAGCGUCAUCUUGACACUCGCUUCGCCCAGCUUAAUGCUUCCGUUGAGCUCGAGCUCUGGCAAGAGGCUUUCCGUAGCGUCGAGGACGUGCACAGCCUCCUCACCAUGGCCAAGAAGGCACCUCGCCCUUCGAUGAUGGCAAACUAUUAUGAGAAGCUCAGCAAGAUCUUCCUCGUUUCCGACAACAAUCUUUUCCACGCUGCUGCCCGUAGUCGCUUCUACGCUCUCGCUCGCGGUGGCAUCAAGACUGAGGAAGAGCACCGAAGACUGGCCUCCUUGGUGCUGCUCAGCUCUCUUGCUGUGCCCGUCAUCUCCUCGAAUGCACCUGGAACAGGUAACAUCGGCAAGUCUAAGACCGACUUCUUGAUGGGCGACCAGGAGUCUCUCAGCAGGACUGGUCGACUGACUUCUCUGCUUGGUCUCAGCCGUACGCCCACUCGUGCUGGCCUUGUCAAGGAGGCGCUCUCUCGCAACAUCCUCAAGCGUGUGCAGCCCGAAAUUCGUCAGCUGUACGACAUUCUGGAGGUUGAGUUCCACCCCUUGUCUAUCUGCGAGAAGAUCGAACCUAUCAUGGCCAAGAUCGCAGAGGACGAGGAGAUGAGCCGCUACAUCAAACCUCUUCACUCUGUCAUUCUGACUCGCCUGUUCCAGCAGCUGAGCCAGGUGUACGACGCUGUCAAGCUUGACCGUGUCAUGGAGUUGGUCAGCGCCUUCAAGGCUCCGUACAACUACACCCGUGAGGAGAUUGAAAAGUUCUGCCUCAACGCAGCAAAGCGCGGGCACCUGAGCAUCCGUGUCGAUCACGUUAGCCAGGCCAUCGCAUUCCAGGAAGACGUCUUCAAUGCUCCUUACCACCCGGCUGCUACUAUCAGCGGCGAUCAGGACUCUGUUCGUCUCCAGGCAACUCCAGGAGAGCUCGUUCGCACUCAACUCACCAGACUUGCAACUUGUCUGGAUACCACUAUGCGCACGAUUGACCCAAGCAUCGUCGAGAACGCACAAAAGGCCAAGGCUGAGGUCUUUGCUCGAGCCGUGGUCGUUGCUGAGUCUGAGCACAAGGCUGCUCUCGCUCGUAAGCUCAUUCUUGCCCGCCACAAGGAGCUCCUCCAGGAGCGAGCCCGCGACGAAGCUAAAGCCGAGGCCGAGAGGGCUCGUCUGCUUGCCGAGAGCGAGCAGAAGAGACUUGCCGAGGAGACUCGCAAGAAGGAGCAGGACAGAAUCCGCAAAGAGCUCGAUGCCGUCCGUGCCGAAGAGACUCGCAAGAUGGCCCAGUCUCUGCGCGAAAAGGGUGGCAUCAAGCUCACCGAAGAGGAGUACGCCAACCUGGACACAGAGAAGCUCGUCCAGCUUCAAGUCUCGCAGAUCGAAAAGGAGAAGAAGGACCUUGCCGAGCGUCUGCGUGUCAUCUUCCGUCGCAUGGACCACCUCGAGCGAGCUUACCGUCGCGAAGAGUUGCCGCUACUGGACAAGGACUACGACCGACAGAAGGAGGAAGACCUUGCCUCGCACAAGCAGGCUAGAAUCGUGGCCGUGCAAACUGCUCGCGAGAAGCACCAAGCUGACUUGGAGGCAAAGAAGCGCCUGGGUCGCAUUAUGCCUGAUUACACUGUGCUGAAGAAGAGCAUCGAGGGCAAGCGCGCCCAAGAGCUGGCCGAAAAGAGGGAGCAGGCUGCAAAGAAGAUUGAGGCGGCUAAGCAGCAGCGCAAGAAGGAGGUGGCUCAAGCUCGCGAGGAGAGGCGCAAGAGAGAGGAAGAGGACAAGAAGAGGCAGGCUGAGGAGGCCGAACUUGCACGAUUGCGCGAGGAAGAAGAGGCAAGGGCCGAAGAGCAGCGCAAGAUGGAAGCUGACAAGCGAGCUGAGCAGGAAGCAGAGAAGAGGGCCGAGAUCGAAGCUCGUCAAGCCAAGCUGCGAGAGCAGGGAGAGAAGCAACGCCAGAGGGAGCUCGAAAUCGAGCAGAAGCUCAAGGCUCAAUCAUCGUCUGGUCCCACACGAGCUGCCGCUCCCGCUGCCGAAGCUGCUGCACCGACUACGGGCGACUCUACAUGGCGCAGGGCUCCUGCUGGAGCCGUUGCUUCGGCCCGCACGGCCAGCCCAUCUGCUGCACCUUCUGGAGAACGGCCGUCACUGUUCGGCGCCAAGUCGGGUGGUUGGAGAGACAGGCUGACGGCCAAGCAGGCCGGUGGAGCUGCCGUUGAGGACGGUGCGCAGGGUGCUGCAUCGCCGACUCCUGCUCCUUCGCGACCUGCCGCCGCUAGCCCUGCUCCGGCUCCGGCUGCUCCUUCUCCUGCUGCCCCUUCUGCCAGCGAGAACCGAUUCAAGGCAGGGGGUGCCCCCGUCAUUAACCCAGGUGCUGGCUGGAGGGAGAGACAAGCAGCACGAGAGCAGCAAGGCGGUGCCGCAGCUGGACCUCAGCGAACGCCAGCAUCUCCUGCCGCUGCAGCACCCAGGGAAGCUGCUGCAGGAGCCAACGCGGAUGGAUUCCAAGAGGUCAAGAAGACUACGGGCGCUUACAGGCCUCCAGGACGUCGCUAAGUUCACGUCGCGUGCUAUCUUGCCCCACUCCGUCUGUAGCCAUUAUGCCUAUGUGACAGACUGUUGUAAAUGCCUUUCAGGCCCAUUCAUGUGUCCUUAUCAAUGUGCAUUUGUCUUGUCCAUUGCUUCGUGUUAAUUACUUUGGCCGUCGCGGCCUGGAU